GUGGGGGGUGUUGUAGGGACAGAGCUGUAAACAGGGUGCUGUCUGUCCAGCCCCCCUUCCUUAUCCGGACGCUGCUGUGCAGACCUGGCUUCCAUGUCCAGUCCUCUGGCACUGAGCAGUGCCCAGGAGGCCAGUUGGCAUCCAAGGUUUGUUUAAAUGACCUCAUGGAGAAUAUGGAGGGGGCUGGCACCAGAACUGUCCUUAGCUGUGACUCAGAGUGUGGAUAGGGUCAGUGACCCCAAAGCUGACUUCUCUCUCAGUUCUGAAUCCAGACAGAAUCAAUCCUUGGCUGGAGUCAGGUGUUCCACCCUCCCUGCCCUGGGCGCCCAAGGAGGGUUGUUGGGAGUGGGGUGUGUGUAUUGGGGGUCAGGUUCCUGCCUGUGACCCCUGCAGCUGUUGUGGUGACUCAUAUCCCAACCUGGCUGCCUAGCCCAACAAGAAGACACUCUCCUCUUGGGACAAGGCUCGGACUGCGCCCCCUGGUGUCCCCUGGCAGCCUGGAGAAUGCGCCGCGCGCCCUCAAACGUCCUCACCUGGGUCCUUCGCCCCCGACGUGGCGGGAAUGUCCCGAACGUUCCGUCCUCUGCAGACCCUAGAUACACAACUCGGAGCCUGCAGGGCCCGCAGGAGAGGCCCGGUUUUCCGCCCGCUAAAUGCAUUAGCCCCGCUUGCCUCCCUAUCGUUGCUGCCAUCGGAUGGGCGGGGCUGGAGCUCCGCUCUGGGGCCCCGGGGCGACGGUGGUUGAGGAGAUGGAUGAGGUGAAGGAGAUGCAGCGCGCGUGGCCCCGGGCGGCUCAUCACUCAGCCGCCGCCCCCGCAGCGGAGGGGUCGGGGCGGGAGUCCGGCCAUAGAUAAAGGCGAGCGGGGGACAGGGCUGCCGCAGCAGCAGCAUGAGCGGGGCAGACCGGAGUCACGCUGCAGGAACGGCCCCCGACCAGGACCCCGGCCGGGCGGCGGUCGCCUCGGCCUACCAGCGCUUCGAGCCCCGCGCCUACCUCCGCAACAACUACGCGCCCCCUCGGGGCGACCUGAGCAGCCCCGACGGCGUCGGGCCUUGGAAGCUGCGCUGCUUGGCCCAGACCUUCGCCACCGGUGAGGUGUCUGGACGCACCCUCAUUGACAUUGGUUCAGGCCCCACCGUAUACCAGCUGCUCAGUGCCUGUGCCCACUUUGAGGACAUCACCAUGACAGAUUUCUUGGAGGUGAAUCGCCAAGAGCUGGGGCUCUGGCUGCGAGAAGAGCCGGGGGCCUUCGAUUGGAGCGUGUACAGCCAGCAUGUAUGCCUCAUUGAGGGCAAGGGUGAAUCCUAUCAGGAGAAGGAGCGCCAGCUGCGAGCCAGGGUGAAGCGGAUCCUACCCAUUGAUGUGCACCAGCACCAGCCCCUGGGCACUGGGAGCCUGGCGCCCCUGCCUGCCGAUGCCCUGGUCUCUGCUUUCUGCCUGGAGGCUGUGAGUCCAGACCUUGCCAGCUUCCAGAAGGCCCUGGACCACAUCACCACACUUCUGAGGCCUGAGGGGCACCUCCUCCUCAUCGGGGCCCUGGAGGAGUCGUGGUACCUGGCUGGCGAGGCCAGGCUAGCGGUGGUGCCAGUGUGUGAGGAGGAGGUGAGGGAGGCCUUGGUGCGUAGCGGCUAUGAGGUGCGUGAUCUGCGCACCUACAUCAUGCCUGCCCACCUUCGGACGGGUGUAGAUGAUGUCAAGGGCAUCUUCUUCGCCUGGGCCCAGAAGAAGGUGGGGCUGUGAGGCCCCAGUGUAUCCAGUGCUUUCAGCCCUCACCCACCCAGAUUCCCUAUUAUCCAAGGUGGCACCUAAUAAAAA